AUGUCGGACAAUUUGUUUCCCUACUCUUCUUCUGACACCUCUAACGUUAAAGGAAACGAAGAGAACCUUGAGGAGUUUCGAAGACGUUGGAAAGAAGAGUUGCAACAAAAGAAACCCUCGCAACAAGCAAUUUCUCAAGGUGCAAUCGCCACUGCUUCUAGUGAAAUAUCGGACGAAAAUUCUUGCAGUGAAGAUGUCGAGCAUCAGGAAUCGGGCGAGUUGGAUUCUGUUUUGUCAGCUUCCCGUAGAACUGAUGACAGAGCAAAAAAAAAUGCGGCGUUAGAACUUUAUAUCAAAGCAGUUACAAAAGAACGCGAGGGAGAUAUAGGAGAAGGUGAGUUACCUUUUAAUAUAAUCUUUGUAAUGACACUUUUUCGAUGUCACUUCCACUUAUCGAGUAAUGAUACCUUUAAAGCAUUAAAAAAUUAUCGUCAAGCUUCGAAGCUUGAUCCCGGCGUAGAACAUACUUAUAGAAAGUAUUUUCAUAACGCCAUCACUGGAGAAAAUGCUGAGAAUUUUGAUGUAUCUCAAUCAUUGGCUCAACAUUUAAAAGAAGAAUUUCGAUUAUCUACCGCAUCUCACGAGAAAGAUUACGAAACACGUCAACUCAACGUAAAUCUUUCAGAGAAACACCAUGUAGAAUCGUCGGAACACGAAAAAAGUUCCAAUCGGAUGAUGAUUGCUUUACUCAACUCUUUGCGCAAUAUGAGACUUGCCUAUGAACCGUUAGUCCUGGAACGACCAAGAUUCGGAUUGGCAUGUAAGAAGUUUUGGGUAUUGUCAAGGGAAGUUUCGUUGUGGAGGUAUUUAUGUCAAAAAGCUUAUUGGGAUGUCAGUUUGACAUUGGGAACAUCGAAUUUGCUGCAAGAAGAAUACGUGAGCUUUUAUGAUAAUGAUUGGAGGAGAAUGUACAUAGAAAG